AUGGAGUUUCUCAGCGAGAAGUUCGCCCUGAAGAGCCUGCCAAGUAAAAACAGUGACUUUUACAUGGGCUCAGGAGGCACGCUGGAGCACGUUAUGGAGACGCUGGACAAUGAGUCCUUUUACGGCAAAGCGCCGGCCGGCAAAUGCGUGCAGGCCUUCGGGCCCCUGCCCCGAGCCGAGCAUCACGUGCGCCUGGAGAGGACCUCGCCCUGUCAGGACAGCAGCGUGAACUAUGGGAUCACCAAAGUAGAAGGACAACCGCUUCACACUGAACUGAACAGAGCCAUGGACAACUGCAACAGUCUCCGGAUGUCUCCCGGGAAGGGAAUGCCAGAGAAGGGAGAAAUGGAUGAACUUGGGGAUAAAUGUGACAGCAAUGUAUCCAGCAGUAAGAAGCGGAGACACCGAACCACCUUCACCAGUUUGCAGCUGGAAGAACUAGAGAAGGUCUUUCAGAAAACCCAUUACCCCGACGUCUAUGUCAGAGAACAGCUUGCUCUGAGAACAGAGCUCACUGAGGCCAGGGUCCAGGUGUGGUUUCAAAAUCGAAGGGCCAAGUGGAGAAAAAGAGAACGUUAUGGCCAAAUACAACAAGCUAAAAGCCACUUUGCAGCCACCUAUGAUAUAUCAGUUUUGCCAAGGACUGACAGCUACCCACAGAUUCAGAACAAUCUGUGGGCAGGAAGUGCAAGUGGCGGUUCUGUGGUUACUUCGUGCAUGUUACCGCGUGACACUUCCUCCUGUAUGACACCUUAUUCUCACUCGCCUCGGACGGACUCCAGUUACACAGGGUUUUCAAACCACCAGAAUCAGUUCAGCCACAUGCCCCUCAACAAUUUUUUCACUGACUCUCUUCUUACCGGGGCUACCAAUGGACAUGCAUUUGAAACAAAGCCAGAGUUUGAAAGGAGGUCUUCCAGUAUUGCCGUUCUUCGAAUGAAAGCCAAGGAGCACACCGCCAAUAUUUCAUGGGCCAUGUAACAUACAAUACUCUUUUAUUUUUCUUUUAAUGGCAAAGUAAACCAUUCUUAUUUCUCAUAUUUAAAGGAUACCACAAUAAGCUGCUGUGUGUGGAAUUGCUAAAGGUCAAGAUAUAAAGUGAGACCAGCUUCAAUGAAUAGUUGUUAGUAUUUAACAUUAAAAUCUAAGAAUGAACCUCUGAAAAGACUAAAUAGGUUUACCAUGCACCAGUCU